AUGGAGUAUGAUAUUGAUUUUUACAAACAUUUUGCCUGGCUCAGAAAGGUAAACCUGCACUCAAACAGCAGCAGUGAGUCCUACCAGGAACGCUUAUUACGUCUGGAGGGAGACAAAGAGUCGCUAAUUCUGCAGGUGAGUGUGCUGACGGACCAGGUGGAAGCUCAGGGGUCGAAGAUCAGCGAUCUAGAGAUUUCUCUGGUGGAGCAUCGGCACAAACUCAACUCCACAGAGGAAAUGCUGCAGCAGGAGCUCCUGCAUAGGACGUCACUGGAGAACCAGAAGCUGAGUCUUAUGGGGGAGGUGUCCUACCUGAAACUGAAGCUGGCAGACAUGGAGGGAAAACCGAACCACGGGGCUGAACGGCAGCACAAAGCAGAGACUGUAGUUAAUUUCAUUAGCGAGCUGCAGGAGCAGAUGUGCAGGUUUCAGGAGGAGAUCAAUAGCAAGAUCCAGGAGAAAAAGGCCUUGGAGAUCCCGGCCGACAGCGGCGCUGCCGUGGCAUGCUGCGCUGAGCCCGCUGAGGGGGGGGGCUGCAACCCCGGGUCGUCCUGUGACAGAACCUCCGGGGUGAUGCACCAACUGGACGAGGAUCCAGAUGGGGCUGAUGAGAUCACCCACAGCCUGGAGGAGGGUAGCUCAGAUGCAGAGGAACAGUACGACUAUGGAGAAGAAAGUGGUUUACUGAAGGAGCUCCGUGUUCUCAAGGACAAGGUGGAGCACCUGGAGGACCAGAAGUCACAGUACGAGAAGAAACUCAAACUAACCAAGGCGGAGAUCAGCAGCCUGCAGCAGCUUCUGCUCAGUAAGAACGCUGAGAUCGAGAGCUUGCACACUCAGCUGUUGGCCAGACCAUCUCUCACCACCGAGAGCUCAGAGAGAGAUCAGGAACUGCAGAGGCUUAAAAUUGGAAUGAAAUCACUGGUCGCUGCAAACGAUGAAAAGGACCGGCGCAUUGAGGAGCUCACUCUGCUCCUGAACCAGUGCAGGCAAUUCAGAGAGGUCACCCACGUCACAAGGCAAGCUCCACCUGCUGUCCGUUCAUCGCCGAACGGGAGGACUCCUUCAAGUAGCAGUGAGGAAGAGGAGCAGCUGAAGAAUAUGGACUCUGCCAGUGCAAAAUCUGAAGAUGUGAAGUCAGAGGUUUCCACAAACAGCUCUUCCUCCCGUCACACGUCCCUGUUGUCAGAUCAGAAGGACAGCGACUACAGGACAGAACCACCGGCUCUAUCUAGUAGUAUGAAUGACCUGACAAAUGGACUUUCAGAAAAGAGUGGCACCAGAAGUCAGACGAUGCCUGGGAAUUCCUCCCUGUCAGAGCAAAACGGGAUCGGAGGCAGCAGCAGUGAAACCCAGAGCCAAAGGUCUCCGGAUGGGAGCGAAGAUGGAGACUCCAGCCAAAGAAAGUCGGAGAGAGCUGAUGACAGCACGUCAAGCAAUAGUUCCCCCGUUCAAUCUGGGUCCAGUUCGCAGCCUGGCCAACGGGCUGUGGGCUCACCAGAAUACAUGAAGAAUAACAGGAGCCUCAAGAGACUCUGGGGAAAACUUCGGAGAACCCAGUCUGGAGGGCUGCAGGCAGCAGAUCCAGAUGCUGGUCAGUUUAGAAGAGGGGGUCUCCGUGCUACAGCUGGACCCAGACUCACCAGGACGCCUGAGUCUUAUGACUCCACACGUGAUCUGAAUAUUCCAUUCAGCCAGUGGACCAAGGAGCAGGUGUGUGGCUGGCUGGAGGACUAUGGACUGGGCCAGUACGUCAGUCUCUCCAGACAGUGGGUGGAAAGUGGACAGACGCUGCUGUCUGCUACACCUCAGGACUUUGAGAAGGAGAUGGGAGUGAAGAAUCCUCUGCACAGGAAGAAGCUGCAGCUCGCUCUGAGGGCGUUCACCACCAAAGUUAUAGAGAAGUCGUCGGAGCUGGACUACAUCUGGGUCACACGCUGGUUGGAUGAUAUUGGUUUGCCUCAGUAUAAAGACCAAUUCCAUGAGGCCCGGGUAGAUGGUCGAAUGAUACAAUACCUCACAGUGAACGACCUCUUGAGUUUAAAGGUCACCAGCCAGCUUCAUCAUCUCAGUAUCAAGUGUGCCAUUCAUGUCCUUCACGUCAACAAGUUCAACCCCCACUGUCUGCGGCGCAGGCCAGGGGAGGAGAAACAGCCCAGCCCCUCAGAGGUGGUGCAGUGGUCGAACCACCGUGUGAUGGAGUGGCUGAGAGCGGUGGAUCUAGCUGAGUAUGCUCCUAACCUAAGGGGCAGUGGCGUUCACGGAGGUCUGAUUAUCUUGGAGCCGCGCUUCAGCGCUGAAACAUUGGCCCUGCUGUUAAAUAUUCCACCUCAGAAGACGUUGCUUCGGCGCCAUCUUGCCACGGCCUUCUCUGCCCUGGUUGGGCUUCAGGCCACGCAGGAGAAGAGAGAGUACGGCAAUGCCACAGGCCAUGUUCCUCUCACCACCACUGCUAAAGUGAAGCCAAGAAAGCUCGGCUUCACCCAAUUCAGUCACCUGAGAAAGAGAAAACCUGAUGACUCAGCGGAUUACAUCUGCCCAAUAGACAGCGGAGCGCUGACAGUGAAUGGGGUUUCCCGGCUGUCCUCCGCAGCACUCAGGGGCCUCAGCCCGAGCUUGGAAAGACAGGCUGAGAGGCGGGAGCCGAUUGGGAUAAAGGUUGAGGCUAAUGGCCCCAAACAAUGA